UCCUUUGAUUGGGAUAUGUCACUGUUGUCAGGGCAACUGGUAACAGUGGCGUAUCAUAUUUUCUCCUCCUGUGUUGCGUGUUGAAUAUUUUAGUGUGCUCUGGCUGGAAGAAGAUUGAGGAAAAGGUGCUGCAGCAAGAAGGAGAAGCUGUGGGCUUGGAUCUGAUCAAACAGGUUAAGGCAAACCAAUGUGCCUUUAACACAUUAGGGUUUUUCUUCAAGGUGGGGAAACUGCAGUCUCUCAGCUGCCAAGUGGAUGUUGGUAUUUGUCAGCUGUUUGCACACCGCUUAUCCAUAGGGGAUCUAUUACAAAUGCUCAAAUGAACAGGCAGCUUUGCAGCUAGCUGCUGCUCGGGCUGCAGUUGCUUUUUUUUUUUUUUUUUUUUUCCUCCCUAAUAAGCAAGAGGGAACGUCACCAUGCCUGGUUCGUCUACUGCUAUCCAUCAAGAGAGAUUGAAGAAGACAAGUGCAAGACCAAAUCCCCCUGGUUUAUUUACUAUUAAUGAGGAAGAUGAUGAGCAGCAAAAGAAUGGAAAUUCCAAGCGACUGAACGGUUCUGAAGGCUCCAAACUUCAAGACAAAAAAGCUGCUUCUGGACAAAGCGCCAGCAACUCCGGAACUAAACCAGAUCAACCCCCAGUACUGAAGGUUGAUGACAGACAACGACUUGCAAGGGAACGGAGGGAGGAACGAGAGAAGCAGUUAGCUGCAAGAGAAUCAGUUUGGUUAGAAAGAGAAGAGAGAGCACGGCAACAUUAUGAAAAACAUCUGGAGGAACGCAGAAAGAAAUUAGAAGAGCAGAGGCUAAAAGAAGAGAGAAGGCGAACUGCAGUAGAGGAAAAACGAAGACAGAGAAUAGAAGAGGACAAGGAGCGACAUGAAGCUGUUGUACGCCGCACAAUCGAGAGGAGCCAGAAGCCGAAACAAAAGCAAAACAGGUGGUCCUGGGGUGGAGCUCUUCAUAGCAGCGGCAUUAAUAACACAGGUUUUUUUGUUGAAUCAUCAUUCACCUUUCUCGAUUUAGCUGGCCUGGAGCACCAUUUCAGAUCUCUGGGUGGUGCUAGAAAACCUGAUCCAGACAGGCGGUCUGUUUCAACAAUGAACCUUUCGAAACAUGUUGAUCCAGUCAUUAACAAGCGGCUCUCCUCCUCAUCUGCAACAUUACUAAAUUCUCCAGACAGAGCUCGUCGUCUGCAGCUCAGCCCGUGGGAGAGCAGCAUUGUCAGCAGGCUACUGACUCCCACGCAUUCAUUCCUGGCCAGAAGUAAAAGCACAGCUGCCUUGUCUGGAGAUGCAGCAUCUUGCAGCCCCAUCAGCCCUCUGUCCUACAAGGCCAUGAACUAUAGACACCCAGCAGACCACACAAGAUCCUUUGUCACAGUCCCAGAUACUAUUGGACGUAGGAGGACUACACACUCUGCAAGGACUGACAAGAAAGACAAAGAGAGAGAACAUUACUCGUCCAACCCCUUGUCCAGCAUAAAAGGAGCUCAUUCUCCUUCUAUCCACAAAACUGGAUCACGGGCUCCCUUCCCAGUUUGGCAUGCAUCCAAAUCCAUGCCUCAUUUACCUGGUACACCCAGACAGGUAACCUCAUCACCUAGUUCAUCCAAAGUCUCCUCUGGUCAGACACGCCCUCCUUCCCCUGGCAAUAUCCGACCAAUCAAAAAAGAGCUCAAACUGGAUAGUGAGAAAAAAGGAGCAGAAAAAGAACCUGAGAAGGCAUCUGAGGAAAGGAGAGAAGAGGGUAAAGUAGCUUCAGCAGGUGCUGGGGAAUCCGCAAGUGGGGAAGAGCCCUCUGUCAAACCAGAACCUGCUCAUGCUGCUCCACCUCUGCCUCCAGCUCUACCAGCUGCUUCUCCACCCCCUGUUCCUAGCAAGACUUCUGCAGGCACAACUGACCCUGAAGAAGCAACCCGACUGCUCACUGAGAAGAGGCGGCUGGCCCGGGAGCAGCGAGAGCGGGAGGAGCAACAAAAGAGGGAGAGGGAAGAGUUUGAAAGGCAAAAGAAGGAGCAGUUGUCACAGAGAAUAGCUGAAGAGAGAGCCCGCCGGGAGGAGGAAGAAGCUCGUAAACAGGAGGCAGAAAGAAAGCAAAGGGAGUCAGAGCAGGAGAAAGAAAAAGAAGAACGUCUCCGUCAGCAGGCAGAAGAAAAAGAUCAAAAAGAAAGAGAAGAGAUGGAGCGCUUUCAAAAACAAAAAGAAGAAGAAGCUCGUCAGCGAGAAGAGGCAGAUCGGAUUCGGUUAGAGCGUGAAAAGCAUUUCCAAAGAGAAGAGCAGGAGCGCUUAGAAAGGAAGAAGAGACUGGAGGAGAUCAUGAAAAGGACUAGGCGCACAGAAACUGUAGAUAAGAAAUCUAAUGAACAGCAAAAUGGAGACAUAUCAAAGGCAAAUAUUACUCAACAACCAGUAACCAGUCCUACGUCUCCAUUACAAUCUGUCAUGCGCACUCAGCUUCAACGGGCAACAGAAUCGCCACACAAUGGACAGCCAGUAACCUGUGCACAUGUGGUUAUUUCUCAUCCACCUACUGUAAAUAUGGACAGUAAUUUCAAUCCAGAAAAAAAUCCGAAUGAGAAUGGAAUGUCUGUGCAGAAUGAGAACUUUGAAGAGUUCAUAAACUUACCCAUUGGAUCUAAACCAUCCAGAUUAGAUUCCUUGAACAAUGAUGGAAGCAAUAGCCCUGGAAUUCCUUUAAAUCCAAUUUUAGCCUUUGAUGAUAAGGGGACUCUAUUGCCUCAGGUAGAUACUGUUCAAACACAUCAAACAGCAGAGGUUAUCUAACCAUUUCUUCUGAGCAACCAAAGGUGAAGCAAGCAUCUCUGCAGCCGGUGGAUUUCCUUCCAUACUAUGAAGGAGUGUUUUAUUUUCUCUCCAGUUUUUCUAAAGAUUUCUUGGAUAUCUUUUUGAAAGGACCUUAGCAAAACCAGCAGAAGAAAUGAUGGGGAAUAGAUUUGGAAUACCUUUCUAUCUAAUAGUUUUCACCAUUAGAAAUCAUGCUUCAUGUGCAUUACUUAGAAUUGCUUUUUCCAACAAGCCUCUUUAUUUAGUAAAUGGAUACUUUCUGCAUCUUUAAGACAAAGACACUGGAAUCUGAAAGUAAUGGGCUGAUAGGGGCAAAGGGCCUGAUUUUUUGUUUUGUUUUUUGAAGAUGGGUAUUUGGUUUUAAAAGAUAUAAAUGUAAAAAUUGGCAAAGAAUCUUUUACAUUUUCUGGAUCUAAUACUUGAAAAAUAAACACCUCAGAGCCCUACAAGUAGGGCUAACAUGGUGUUUCAUUUAAACCUGUUGGUUUAAAUGUUAUUGCAGAGAACUCUUAAUUAUGGGGGCAAAGUGUAGGCUUCUGUAUCAGGUUCUUGUAAAUGUAACCUAUGACAUGGACAUUCUGUAAAUUCAGAUGUCACUAUGCUCUUCUUACCUUUUCUUUGGGGAAAAAAAGAAACAAAAUGGAGCAGGUUUUAAAAUGUGAAAAUUUGAGAGCGUUAUUUUUUCAUGGACACAAGGAAAACCUGUUGUUCUCCUAGAUGAUGUAUUUAUGGAUUUUGUUCAGUAAACAAAAAUAAAUAAUUUAAUUGAAUAAAUUAGAAAAAUGUAAUAAAAUGAUAUUGCAAACUUGAUUUUAUUAGUUACAUUCAUGUUCACUCCACUGUAAAAGCUAUACAUACACACACAAUUCCAACUCCUGUGGAAUGCUGCUGUUCCCAACAAUGGAGGGAGUUUUCUUUGCCUUACCAGAUGAUGAAGAUGGUGUGAAAACUCGAAUGUGGGAGAAGAUCCCAGAGCUCCUUAGUUUUGCUCGUUUCAGAGCAAACAGAAAAUAAUGGGUCAGUUGCUGCUUUAUUUGUUUGUUUAAUGUGAAUUUUUAAAAUGCAGUACAUUUUACUGUAGGAUAGUGACUAGAAUCUUACCAUUCCUCUUUAUCCCACCGACACCAGUUUCACUUUCAUCAUCCCACCCAUGUCACUUUUGCUGCUGCUGAGCAUGACUAAAAUCCUGGACUUUUUGUGUUUAUGAACAGUGCUCUGAUCAGUAGAAAUUACUACUUAUUCAUUGUUCUUGAGAGAUCCUACCAGGUCUUGAUGCAGUAUUCACUGAAGUCAACGGGGCAAAUUCACAGCUGGCGUCAACUGAGGAGUUACAGUCGUUCGCACCAGUUGAGGAUGUGCCCCAGGAAGAUUCUUUUGAUGAACUUCACUGGGCACUGGAUCAGGCCUAUCAGGAGCAAAAGUGCAGAAAAUCUAUUAAUAGAGAAACUGUUUUAGUAAGAAUGUUUUAAUGGGCUGACUUAAUACAGCUGCAAGAUGUGUGUCUUACUAUAAAGGAGAUGGUCUUAAGUCCUGGGGAGUUCACUUACGAGAUACUUUACCUGCCAGAUCAUAAAGCCAUUCGGUCAGAAUGUCUCAGUAAUAGUUUGUGCUAUAACAAAAUUAAUUGGGUUCCUUUUCCGCUUUCUUCACAGGUCUCCAUGUAUAUAAAUAUUAUACUUAAACACAUGUAGUUUUAUUUCUUUGAAUCUAUAUAGCAUGUAAGAACCAAAUAAAAUUUG